AUGAUGAUCGGUGGUGGCGUCGCGAGCCCUCCUGGUGGUACUGCCAAGUCGGUGGCUGCGAUCGACGCCGAGAUGGUGCAGGUCGAGGGCAUUGGCAGUGGAAGUGUCAGUGGCAGUGCUAGUGGUAGUGGUAGUCCCGCGACCGCUUCUACGAGACUAUUAACUAAUAAUAAUAAUAAUAAUAAUAAUAAUAAUAGUAAUAAUAAUAAUCCUAACGCUAGCAACAACAACAACAACAAUAACGAGGGACACGCUGUGGUGAAUUGCAGUGGCGCCGGUACCGGCGCUGCAAGUGACAAGUUUUGCUGUCACGACGAGGACCUUCCCGUCAGUACGGGUGUAACGCGACCUUGGGAACCACCCUCGCCGACCUUCUCCCAGACGAGGUCACAUCUCAUUCAGGUUCAUCCGACUCAUCAUCAUCAGCAUCCGGCUGCACACCAUCAUCAACAAAUGACGGUACCACCGGCUUCCCUAAUCGACGGCGUGAGUUUGCAAAGCUGUACAGCUGGACCAUUUGCAAGCGGAAAUGGCGGUGGUGCAUCUAGACAACGUUUGUUGGAACUCUCCCAUGGAUUGGGUGCACUUAGACAUUACAACGAUUUAGCCAAUCACGUGUUAUCUUUAAACCAACAAGGUGCCGUCGUUACGAAACUAUUAGGUACGCUUCGUCCGCCAGGCCUGAUAGGUGGAAGUAAACCCAAAGUUGCGACGCCAGCUGUCGUUGCUAAAAUCGAACAAUACAAGAGAGAAAAUCCGACAAUAUUCGCAUGGGAAAUUAGAGAAAGACUCAUAUCCGAAGGUGUUUGCAGUAACGCGACAGCACCAUCGGUAAGCAGUAUAAAUCGAAUUUUACGAAACCGUGCUGCGGAAAGAGCAGCAGCGGAAUUUGCGAGAGCAGCUGGUUACGGAUUGUACGCGGCCGGGCCGCAUCCGUAUUUUAAUACAGCUGCCCAUCAGCAUCCAACUACGAGCCAUCAUCUUCCUGGUGGAUGGCCAGCACCGGGAGCACCUGGUCAUCCUUGGAUGUUACCACCCUUGGCCACUGGUAUUUCGGGGGCUGCUUCGGCAUUACUUUUACCACCGUCCUUGAGUCCUGGGGCUGCUGCUGCUGCAGCUGCGGCCGCAUCCGCUUCCGCUGCUGGUACUGCCGAUCAUGCUUUGCACGCUGCCGACGCCAUUGCCAGAGGAUACUUACAAGACGGUGACGGUGACGAUGGAAGUUUGGAUGGUUCCGAGCAACCAAAAUUCCGAAGAAAUCGCACCACCUUCAGUCCGGAACAACUCGAGGAACUUGAAAAGGAAUUCGAGAGGUCGCACUACCCUUGCGUUUCGACUCGCGAACGGUUGGCAUCGAAGACCUCCCUUUCGGAGGCACGCGUACAGGUUUGGUUUUCCAACAGACGGGCAAAGUGGCGUCGUCAUCAGCGAAUGAACCUUUUAAAGCGUUCGCCACCACCGCCGCCGCCGCCGCCGCCACCGCAGCCGCAGCCGCAACCGCGGCCGCAAUCCGCAUCCAGCAUGGAAAUUGGCCGUACAUCGGUUUGCUCAAUCGGAGGAAUGGGAGGCGAAAGUAGCGCGUUUCGUGCUGUCGUAACAACAACUUCUUGUUCCCAAUCAUCGAGGGAAUCCAACGAUAGGAUCAAUAGGCUUGAAUCAAUUUCAAAACACCAACAACAACACCAACAACACCAACACCAUCAACAACAACCGGAAAAGAAACCAAGUGCAUUCCGUAUGAUCAGCCAAUUGGUGGGGGAAGAUUCGCGUUCUAAUUUGUCGCGUACAACCAGUCCCAAUUACGAUAAUCAACAAAGGUCUGGUCAUGGGCCUGGUGGACCUGGUUCCGGUCAAAGAAUAGAAUACGAAACUGUGGAGGACGAUGAAGACGAGGACGAAGAAAUCGACGUUCAAGAUUCCGAUCAGGAUAUACCAUCUUCACCGCCGGUCGCGUGGAGAGAUCAUUGGACCGAUCAACAACCCCUAGAAUUGACCAAACACGAUCGUUGA